AUGGCGCCUCGUCGCCCCUCGAUAUCGUUCUUGAAGGACUCACUGCCAACGCUUGUCCCGCCCAUAUUCGAUCAAGCGCAGGGAAGCAUUGCAAACCAUAGGAAGAACGCCGGCAACCUCCGAAAGAUUCAAGAGCAAUGCGCCAGCAUCACGGAGGAGACGGACAAAGGCACCAGACUUAUCGGCGAACGAGCCUUCAAUUCGCUCUUCGUUGACAUGGUCAAUCGCGUCCUUCCUAUCAAGAAAGGUGUGACUGUCGCUGAUCGCAUUGUCAAGUUUGUCUCAACCUUUGUCGAACUCACGACUGCCCAAGAAGACGGAGACUCAAUGUCUUCCCGAUUCGUAUCAAAGCUCCUGCGCCAUCUUCUUGCGGGUAUGGAGGCCAAGGACAAGAACGUGCGAUUCCGUGUCACGUUGAUGACCGCAUCCCUGAUCAAUGGUCUCGGCGAGAUUGAGUGGGUAGUCCCCAACGGCGCCGCUAACACCCAGCGACGAGCUGCGGCCCUAGGACUUGCGAAGCUGCAAUCAGCGGAUGAUGAAGGAGAUGAUGAUGAGGAAUCAAUCGCGCAAGUUCUACUUGACUUACUUCGCUACGACCCUGCCGCCUUGAGCUCUGCGUCUCUACCCAACGCGCGCUUUCUGUCAAUUGAGCAGCGCGAGCAGGUUGUUCGCCACGGUCUGGGUGACCGUGAGCCGGCCGUGCGCAAGGCGACGGCUGUCAUGUUGGGAGGCUGGCUGGAUCAGGAGGACGUUGCCGGCGACCUCAUCAGGUUCCUGGGCUUUUUCGAUGUGGUCUCCAGUGAAGUGGCGGAGGAGGCGCUGCUCUCGAUUUUCGUGACCCGCCCCGACACUCUGGAAGUCGAGUUCCCGGAAGAAUACUGGCAAGAGCUCUCUCCCGAGAAGGCCUUCCUCGCCCGAGUGUUCGCAGAGCAUUGCAUGUCCUCGAAGGACGAGACUCGACUUGAAGACGCCAUGCCCGUCGUGACCGCCCUUGCGUUCAAGACUCAAGACGAGUACAACCGCCUCGUUACACUUAUUAACGACAACGACGACGAGGAAGAAGACGCGGCGGCGCAAGAGGCGGCCUUCAUUGUCGGCGAGCUGCUCCGUCUCGCAAUCAAUAUGGAUUACGCAGACGAGAUUGGGCGUCGUAAGAUGUUUCAGCUAUCCCGAGAGAUGAUCUCCCAACCCAAUCUGCCCGAGCCGCUCAUCCCUCGUUGUAUGGAUGUUCUCAGCAAGAUCUCCACGGGCGAGAGGGAUUUGAUCCGCCUCAUCGUCGAUGUGGUGACCGAGCUGCGGGAAGGUGACGGCGACGUUGAGAUUUCUGAGGCCAGCCGGUCAGUUACCGCGACACCGAUCCGUCCAGCUCGUUCUCAGCCCGACGAUCCUGAAGCCAUCAUGCGUGCCGCUAUCAUUGACAUGCGGUGUCUUCUGAUUUGCACCUCGCUGCUCGAGCGUGUGAACACCCCACUCCAGGAAAACUCCGUCUUCCACGGGCUCCUCCCGGAUCUCAUCGUCCCCGCAGUCCGAAACACGCAUGAACCCGCGCUGCGCGACCAGGGCCUGGUGUGUCUCGGCCUCUGCUGUCUCAUCGACGAGAAGAUGGCGAUCAACUCGUUCGGUCUGUUCAUCCAACAGCUGAAUGCUGCUGAUGAUGAGCUCAAAGUAAAGGUGGUUCAAGUUAUUUUCGACCUGCUUAUGGUACACGACAUAGGCACUCUUGUUGCGCGGACAGUACCGGCGGAUCGCGUACUGGAACUCGUUCGCCAUAUGCUCGCGCAGGAUGCCCCCGAAGUGCAGGCAGUUGCGUGCGAAGGCGUUACCAAGCUGAUGCUCGCGGGUAUGAUUGAGGAUGAGACUACCCUUCAAUCGCUCGUGCUGCUGUAUUUUUCCCCCGAAACCGCCGACAACCAGCCGCUCCGCCAAUGUCUCACGUACUUCCUUCCUGUCUAUUGUUACUCGUCUGUCGCUAAUCAGUGCCGGAUGCUGAAUCUCGGCGAGGAGUUCGAACACGCAGCUGAUCUGCUACCUCUGAGCCAGAUGGGGCUCAUGAUGGUAGACUGGCUCGAUCCUGAGAAGGCAGUCGAAACGAACGUUGACCACAACAUCCAUUUGGCGCUAGCCAUCGAAUUGGUCAAGACGCUCCUCAGCGAGACAUCUCACGAUGUGCGCAAGACGCUGGCUGGCUUCCUGUCGAAACUUAGUCUUCCUGACUCGGGGCAGGCCGAUACAUGGAAGACGAAGGCUCUCUUUCAGCUCAUCGCAAGUCUCAAAGAGAAGCGGCCUAUGUCUGAUGCAGCCUCACGUAACGCGAUCACACGGUUCGAAGCCUCUUUGAUCAAGCGCUACCCUGAGUUGGAAGGUUAUGAUGAAGACGCCUUCCGCGGAGAAGGAAAAGUGCACGAGGGGACGAGCGAGCUGUUCGGGUUCAUCGAUGAUGUUGAAGAGGAUGCUGCAACGCCCGAACGCACCCGGAGGUCGAGCCGUGCGACAUCACGAGCACGAUCAAUGUCAGUCCAGACCUCUGACUCAGACGCGACACCUGUCAAGCCGCGGCCCAAGAGGAAGCCGGAGCCAAUUCAGGAGGAAUCCUCUGUGGAGGAGGAAGAGGACGAUGAUGACGUUGAGGGCCUAUUGGAUAGCGAGUAG